CCUAACUUGUUCUUCCUUCUUCCUCUCUUUGUAGAUUUGUCUUAUAUCCUUACCCUUUCCCGCUUGUGAUUUUCCCAUUUCCCGAGAGUCCACGGUGGAUUCCUGAUUUGGGGUUUUACCAAUCCGGUCUCAGACCUUCUGCAGGGAAUUCAGUAUCAGUGACAAGUGGAGUAGCCGAGUAGAAGAACUCUUCCUUUUGCCAUUGCAUCUUCUUCGUACCCUGAUCCUUCUCGGUGGGCCUCUGCUCCAGAUUUGCUUGUUCAAUUUCACGUCUACUCCUAACUUCUGAUAGACCACCUCCUUCACUUCGAUCAGAAAACCCGCAAGUUCUGUGGAGUGUGUAACAGUGUAUCUUAGAGUUUGUAAAAAGAUAUGGCUCGAAUCACUGACUUGUCUGAAGAACUGCUUGUGAAGAUACUAACGUUUCUUCCAACUAAAGUUGCUGUAUCAACCAGCCUUCUCUCGAAACAGUGGCAGUUCCUGUGGUUGUGGUUGCCUAAACUUAAGUAUGAUGUUUACAAAGACAUUGCUGAUGGUUCAAAGUCUGGUUGCUUGAUGUAUCGAGAUUUUAUUAACAAGAAUCUGCUAUUACACAAAGCUCCGAUCAUUGAAAGCUUAAGCCUCAGAGUUCGUCAUAGAUCACUUCAACCUGAGGAUUUGAAAUCGUGGGCUGGAAUUGCAGUCUCUCGCUGUGUCCGUGAGCUAAGUAUCGAUACAUCUUCUUCCGGAAUGAAACCUGCUGUAUCAUUGCCCAGUAGUUUUUUGUAUUCCUUGAAGUCACUCGUGACUUUGAAACUCCAAGGCGGUAAGAUUCUUGUGGAUGUUCCUAGAACGGUUUGUCUCCCUUCCUUGAAAACAUUGGAACUUGAAUGUGUGACAUACUCAAGCGACGAAUCUCUUCGACUGCUUCUAUCGUAUUGCCCCGUUCUUGAAGAUCUGAAUAUUAACCGCGAGGACUAUGACAAUUUGAGAAAGUUGGUUAUCAUUGUCCCAUCCUUGCAGCGUUUAACUUUAAGUAUACACCCAUAUUGUUCUUCUGAUGGGUAUGUGAUCGUUACCCCUUCUUUGAAGUCUUUCAAAGUUGUGGAUGAAAGAAGUCCAAGUCCCUAUUUGAUUGAGCAUAUGCCAGAGCUUGAAGAGGCAGAUAUCAUUCUAAUGGGAGAUACUGAGAAUGAUACUGAAAGGCUUCUCAAGUCAAUCACAAAUGUUAAACGUCUUUCAUUAAGAAUAACAUUCAACAGUGGCAAAAAGAAUGUGUAUCCGGAUGGUAUUAUUGUCUUCAGUCAGCUAGAAACUUUGAAGCUAUAUAUAUGCAGCGAAAACUGGUCAAUGUUACUUGUCCACUUGCUCAAAGACUCUCCAAACCUGCGAGUCCUCGAUCUGGAGGAGGUCGAUGAUUUCCAAGAAAUUUAUGGGGAGUAUGAACCGCUUAGUUCGGGCAAUAAUCAGGGGGCCGUUCCGAAAUGUUUCUUGAAUUGUCUGGAGACUUUCAAGUUUGAAGGGUACGACAGUAAGGAACAAGAAGAUAGGGACUUGUUGAGUUUUAUCUUCAAACAUGCUUGUUGCUUGAAAUCUACUUCAGUCGUGCACAGAAGAUGAUGUUAUGUACCCCAGAUUGAAACUUGAAAAUGAUCCAAGACUCGUCUUAUGUAUUAUGGGUUUCGUAUCUGUUUUCUUGUUUCCGAACAAAACUUGUGCCUUAUCAUUCUGGUCAAAUUUACUCUAUGGUCUGGUUAUGUCAUAUAUAUAUAUAUAUAUAUAUAGCCUACCAUUUUAUA